UUACAGACCGGCAGCAGCAGAGAGGAGAAGAGAGGAGGAGCUUCUCAAACGCCGGGUAGGAGACUGAACCGCAGCUGCUGUUGUUCAGCUGUAGACCGUCAUAUUCAACUCUCCACCGGUUCACCGUGUAGUUUUCACUGUUCGGUACACGGCUGGAGAGAGAACAAUGUCUAACGUCAACUGGAAGCCGUUUGUUUUCGGCGGUUUGGCUUCCGUGACGGCGGAAUGCGGGACUUUCCCAAUCGACCUGGCCAAGACGAGACUUCAAGUACAAGGCCAAGUAGGCGACAUCAAGUACAGCGAGAUCCGGUACCGAGGCAUGCUCCAUGCUAUAGUGAGGAUAGUACGAGAGGAGGGGCUCCGGGCUCUGUACUCAGGAUUAGCUCCUGCUAUGCUGCGCCAGGCCUCCUAUGGGACCAUCAAAAUUGGCACAUACCAGAGCUUAAAGCGACUGAUGGUUGAAAGACCAGAGGAUGAGACACUGCUGAUUAAUGUGAUGUGUGGCGUUCUCUCCGGAGUCGUCUCGUCCUCCAUCGCUAACCCCACCGAUGUGCUGAAGAUCCGCAUGCAGGCUCAGGGAAGAGUGAUCCAGGGCAGUAUGAUGGGCAACUUCAUCAACAUCUACCAGCAGGAGGGAACAAGAGGACUGUGGAAGGGUGUUUCUCUAACGGCUCAGCGGGCGGCCAUCGUGGUCGGGGUCGAGCUACCGGUCUAUGACAUCACCAAGAAGCAUCUGAUCCUGUCGGGUCACAUGGGGGACAACGUGUACACACACUUUGUGUCCAGCUUUGCGUGUGGUUUGGCGGGGGCUUUGGCCUCCAACCCGGUGGACGUAGUCCGGACACGCAUGAUGAACCAGAGAGGAACAGCUCUGUACCAGGGAACAGUGGACUGUAUACUGCAGACGUGGCGCUCUGAGGGCUUCAUGGCCCUCUACAAGGGUUUCUUUCCCAACUGGCUCCGCCUGGGACCGUGGAACAUCAUCUUCUUCCUCACGUACGAACAGCUGAAGAAGCUCAACGUGUGACCUGACGGAACGAGACGGCGAAGAAGAGACGAGUAUGUGGUCACGCUCCGAGACGAGCCGAGAGGACCAAAAUCGGGAAAUGGCUGGAUGGUAACGGAUCCUUGAUGGAUCCACUGAACGGGGGGGGGGGAAAGAGGGUUGACGCAGACCCACGUACGACGGACGGCGUGAGGAUUUUCCUGAUUCCUGUUUGGGCUACACGUCUCCUAAAGCCUGUGGCCCGUGUGGAAGACACUCCUAUCUGAUAUUUUAGCUCAUCCACAUACUAUCUUAAGCUUAACUGCUCAUUUAUAUUUGAUGAUGGCCCCUUCAGUUCAUGUCACCUAAUUUAUUGUCUGGUAAAUGGUAGGGCUCGGACGAUACACCUAUCUCCUGAUCCAGUACUAUCACCAUACUUGGGUGCCAAUUCGAUAUGUAUUGCGAUUUUUAAGUAUUCAAUGUUACGAUUUAUUCAGAUUUUUGUUAACUUUUUUAACUCUAGA